GCGCGUGCGGGCGCGGCCUUGGCGCGCCCCCUGGCGGCCCGGCGGGGCGCUGCGGGCGCGGCGCUGACCCGGAGGCGGCGGCGGCGGUGCCCGGAUGGAGGCACGUCAUUGUCCCCCGCCGGGCGGCUGGGCUGUGUGCGGCGGCGGCGGCGGCGGCCGAGGGGGAUGGAGCGAGCGCCGAGCCGGGUCAGAGGUGAACAAUGACCAUAGUUGACAAAGCUUCUGAAUCUUCAGACCCAUCAACCUAUCAGAACCAGCCUGGCAGUUCUGAGGCAGUCUCACCUGGAGACAUGGAUGCAGGUUCUGCCAGCUGGGGUGCUGUGUCUUCGUUAAAUGAUGUUUCAAAUCACACGCUUUCUUUAGGACCAGUACCUGGUGCUGUAGUUUAUUCAAGUUCAUCUGUACCUGAAAAAUCAAAACUAUCACCACAAAAGGAUCAAGCCCUAGGUGAUGGCAUUGCUCCUCCACAAAAAGUUCUUUUCCCAUCUGAGAAGAUUUGUCUUAAGUGGCAGCAAACUCAUAGAGUAGGAGCUGGGCUCCAGAAUUUGGGCAAUACCUGCUUUGCCAACGCAGCGCUGCAGUGUUUAACUUACACGCCACCUCUCGCCAACUACAUGCUAUCACAUGAACACUCCAAGACAUGUCAUGCAGAAGGAUUUUGUAUGAUGUGUACAAUGCAAGCACAUAUUACCCAGGCACUCAGUAAUCCUGGGGAUGUUAUUAAACCGAUGUUUGUCAUUAAUGAGAUGCGGCGCAUAGCUAGGCACUUCCGCUUUGGAAGCCAAGAAGAUGCCCAUGAAUUCCUGCAGUACACUGUUGAUGCUAUGCAAAAAGCAUGCUUGAAUGGCAGCAACAAAUUAGACAGACACACCCAGGCUACCACACUCGUUUGUCAGAUAUUUGGAGGAUACCUAAGAUCUAGAGUCAAAUGUUUAAAUUGCAAAGGUGUGUCAGAUACUUUUGAUCCAUAUCUCGAUAUAACAUUGGAGAUAAAGGCUGCUCAGAGCGUCAACAAGGCAUUGGAGCAGUUUGUGAAGCCGGAGCAGCUUGAUGGAGAAAACUCGUACAAGUGCAGCAAGUGUAAAAAGAUGGUUCCAGCUUCAAAGAGGUUCACUAUACACAGAUCUUCUAAUGUUCUUACACUUUCUCUGAAACGUUUUGCAAAUUUUACUGGUGGAAAAAUUGCUAAGGAUGUGAAAUAUCCUGAGUAUCUUGAUAUUCGACCGUAUAUGUCUCAGCCAAAUGGAGAACCGAUCAUUUAUGUUUUGUAUGCAGUACUGGUACACACUGGUUUUAAUUGCCAUGCUGGCCAUUACUUCUGCUACAUAAAAGCUAGCAAUGGCCUCUGGUACCAAAUGAAUGACUCCAUCGUAUCUACCAGUGAUAUUAGAUCGGUACUCAGUCAACAAGCUUAUGUUCUCUUUUAUAUCAGGUCCCACGAUGUGAAAAAUGGAGGUGAACUUACUCAUUCCACCCACAGCCCUGGCCAGUCCUCUCCCCGACCGGUGAUCAGCCAGCGGGUUGUCAGCAACAAACAGGCAGCAUCCGGGUUUAUCGGACCACAGCUUCCCUCUCACAUGAUGAAGAACCCACCUCAUCUAAAUGGGACGGGACCCUUGAAGGAAACGCCGAGCAGCUCCAUGUCAAGUCCUAACGGGAAUUCCAAUGUCAGUAGGACUGGCCCUGUUAACGCCUCAACGUCUGUUCAGAACUGGUCAGUUAACAGGCCCUCAGUUAUUCCAGAACAUCCCAAGAAACAGAAAAUCACGAUCAGUAUUCACAACAAGUUACCUGUGCGCCAAGGUCAGUCUCAGCCUACCCUUCACAGCAACUCUUUGGAGAGCCCUAACAAGCCUGCCCCGUCUUCUACCAUUACCACUUCUUCUGCAAUACAGUCUACCUCGAGUGCCCCCAUGAUGCCCGCGUCUAGUAAGGUAACAAAGCAGAUCACCCUGAGGGAGUCCUGCCCUGAGCCUAUGAUGAACGGCAGGUCCAAGCUGAGCUCCGGCGUGCUGGUCCCCUACGGCGCCGAGUCGUCCGAAGAGUCCGACGAGGAGGCGAAGGGCCUCGGCAAGGAGAACGGUCUCGGUCCCCCCGAGAGUGUGUGCGCCCCUGCUCCGGAGGCCAAAGAUGUCGGGGCCUCUCCGCACGAGCUCCGAGAGCCCGUGGCUCUAAAUGGUGCUACCAGUACGGACAGUGACCCGAAAGAAAACGGCCUGCCCUCAGAUGCUGCCACCUGCCAAGUCCAGCCUGUUCUACACUCAGAAAACGCCUUUUCUAAGGCAAACGGUCUCCCUGGGAAGUUGAUGCCUGCUCCUUUGCCACCUCUCCCAGAAGACAAAAUCUUAGAGACCUUCAAACUCGGCAGCAAAGGGAAAGGCCCCACAGAUGAGGCAAGUACAACUGGGACAGAGGAGAGGCCUCCGCAGGACCCUGAGGCUGACCUGGAGGCUGGCAGCUCCGCUCCCGAUUCCCGUGAGAACCUGGAGCUGGUCACGAGCCUUAGCAGCAAAUUUAAGAAGGUUUUGUCGCCCUCGGACCCCAGCAUCAAACCUACCAAAGAAGAAGUCUCUGAAAACAUUUUGGCAAAACCCGAGGAGGCUUUGCCGAGUAUCAACACCUUUUGUAACACCAACAAGGAUACCCUCGGGGACGAUCAGCUUCCUAAACCGUGUGACCCUGGGAAUUUAACAAACGAUCAGAGCAAACCGUCCCAGGACGUGAAAGGGAUGUUACCAGAGCGUCCCCAGGACCCGGCGGCAGCAGAAGCAGCGGGGAGGCUGAGCCCGAGUCCCUUGUCACGUACCGAGGGCGACUGUGAGCCUGAGCCCUUGGGUCACAGCAGUCGGGACAGAGGCACGGAUGUGGAGGGUCCCCCUCAAAGCACAGGGGUGUCCGCAGAUGGGGUACCCUCUCCGCAAUUAGACAGGAUCGCAGAAAACCGUCCAGAGGGGGUCCCCGAGCAAAGUAACGGUGAGAGAGGUGAAGACGGUAAGGCCGGGCAGAAGGUCCAGGAGGCUUGUCCAGUGCAGGAAAAAAUCAGCAGCCUCAGAAAGGUGGACCGAGGACAUUACCGCAGCCGGCGAGACCGGUCGUCCAGCGGCGAGCGCGCGCGGGCGAGCAGGAGCAGGACCGAGGACCAGCGUCGCCGGAAGCGGCCCCGCCACGGGCGGGAGCAGCCCCGGUCCGAGUGGCCCGAGCCCUGCGCCGCGGCCCUGCACGCCCCCUGCCCCGGGUCCCUGGCCAGGUCCGGCCACCGGCGCUCCCGGAGCAGGGGGAUCCCCGACCAGGAGUGGGGCCGCUACCACCAUGGCGAGGGCGAGCACGCCUGGGCCCGGGAGAAGCACUACCCGGACAGGAUGCGCUGGGGGCGGUGCAGGUACCACCACGACAGGUGCGCCUCGUACCCGGCCCGCGAGCCGCGGGACUGGAGGCCCUUCCACGCCGAGCGAGAGUACGACCGAGCCGGGCCCUAUGGCAGCCGGCCCUACAAGGACCACUACAGAGGCCGGAAGGGCUACGAGCCGGCGGCCAAAGAGAGGGACCGGCACCGCUUCAGCAGCCCCCGGGCGGGCCUGGCCCACGCGCCCCCUCCGCACCUCGCUGACAAGCAUGCCCACGAAAAGGCUGCGCUGGGGGCUGAAGACAGCAGCUGUGACCUCGCCGGUCGGUUUCACGAACACAAGGACAUCAAGUCACGGAAACGGAGGUACGGUAGUGUAGAGAAUGAUGACAGUCACGUAGAAAAGAAAGCCUGGAGAAGCUUACAAAAGGAUCCUUUAGAGGAGCCUAAAGUGAAGAAGCACAAAAAAUCAAAGAAGAAAAAGAAAUCCAAAGACAAACACCGAGACCGAGAUUCCAGGCAUCAGCAGGACUCAGACCUUUCGGUAGCGCACUCUGAUGCUGACCUCCACAGACACAAGAAGAAGAAGAAGAAGAAGAAGAGGCACUCAAGGAAAUCGGAGGACUUGGUUAGAGAUUCAGAACCACACUUGCCCAAGGCCGCCAGCUGUGAGACUGUGGACCAUUUCCGGAGAGCGGACAGCGCUUUCCCCCUCACAGACAGCCAGCCUCUGGAGGGUGUGGGACCUUUCCGUGAGAAAACAAAACAUUUCUGGAUGGAAACCAGGGAUGACAGGUGUCAUCCGUCUGACUGUGGCCAGGGUAAGAGGACAUACUUGGAACUGCGAAUAUAGAAACUCUUUUCUUUGGAAAGGGUGGUUAACACAGGGAAGGAGCCUCAAAGGGCGUAGAAGGUGUAAGUCCCCUCUGAGCUCCCCGCCCUGUGUCCUCUGCCCGACGGCUGGCCCGAGGCUGCUGUGGCCGGUCUCGAUGGUUAGCCGUGCCGCCUCGGCGCUUACUGGAGACCUGAGUUACGCGGAACCGGGAACCUCUGGAAUUUAUGGCUCUGAGUGUCUGAUUGUGGACCAGAACUUGUGUUUUUAAGCAAUUUUUGAUAGAAAUAUUGUUGUGGUACAUUCCUUCUCUCCAGAAUCCUUAAGCCUUUGGCACUGGGAGUAGAACCUAGAACUCAGUUUGGUGACUGGCUCGCUGGACGUCACGCUUCAGGCCUGGGUUGGUGGGGCUUGGGCUCCUGACGGGGUUCCCUGGGUCACUGCAGGCCUCUGGGCUCUGGGAUUCUUGUCUGCUUUGCACAGUUCUGUCUUCCCUUGUACCUUCCCAGCCUUUUCUACUCUGAUUGCUCUGAAAGCAGCCCCCCUUGCUUCCUCAUCUGUUCCGAUGACCUUCGACCCUGGAAGGAGUGCUGAGCGUAUUUGAGGGGGCCGGGGGCCUAGGGCAGGGCUGGACUGGCCACCGCCUUUGCGCGGCCUGACGGUAAGGAAGAAUUUGACGUUUUUAAAUGGUUGGAAGAGUCAAAAGAAGAAUAUUUCAUUUCACAUGAAAAUCAUGUGAAAUUGAGGUGUCUGUAGAGCCGCAAUGAGCCCAGCCCAGCCCGCCCGUCCGCCCGUCCACGGGGCAAGGUGUGCUGGCCUCGCCCUGGACCCCCGAGGUGCACCCCCGCGACCCUGCCCGCUGUCCCAGAUGCCCGGGGGCCACGGGGUUCUCGACUGCGUCCUGGACCCGGGUGAGGUGUCGUUUGUUCGGGGGCAGCCCUGUCCCAUGCAGUGGCCCGGUCCCACGGUGGGUGGUGGAGGAGGGACAGAGGGCCGCACAGUGCUCUGGCGUUUGGGAGGAGCAGAGAGCAGAAGGGGUGGCGCGUUGCCGAGUGGUGGGGGGCAUGCUGGGGCACGCGGCGUGGGUGAGGAGUCGUCGGGGCGGCAGGAGAGGGACGCUACCGGUGGGCUUGCUCUCUGUGUUUGUUAAGAGGGGAAUUCUUUGCAUUUCCACACUGGUUUCCCAUGAACAGUUCAGCGAUUCGGGGAAGGCACUUGGUGGGGAUGAGUCCCUGCUGACGUCUGCUUGGCGCUUGGGGCGAAGUGGAGACGGGCUGUUCGUGUGCAUUCUGCGCAGGUCCGCGGGGAUUCUACGUUUUUGCCAGAAUCUUCCCCUUCCGGCUGCAGGUCUCUGGUGAGGACCACAGCUGGAGGCCGCCAGCGCACCCGCAGAGCUGGCUCGGGGGACAGUAGGUGGCGUGCAAAGCCCAGUAGUGGGCAUGUGGUGGCCCAGACGCGCGUCUCCAGAGGCUGCAGGCAGGGGGGUGGCCCCUUUCCUGUCCUCGAUCUGACGGCGCCCAAUGACUGGUGUGCGCCUGGCUCGGGCGCCCGUCCCGUCCUGACCUCCCGGGAAGGGCCACCUGCUCGGGCCCAGGCCAAGCAUCGCUGUGGGCUGGUGGAGGCCAGACCUCUUGGCCUGCGUGUGUCUGUCCUGGUGCCUCGACCACUGACCUCUCUUCCACACUCCUGUUCUCUGGCGCCAUCAAGCUCUCGAUUUCUUUGGCCUAAGAUCUGUUCGCACCUAAUGUUGAAACGCUGAUGGGCUUACUGGGGUCAGAGUGGACUAUGCCCGAGGGGACGUGGCCCUCAGUCGUCACCUCAACUCUUGUUUUCAGUGAAGCACUUGGAGACACAGCUUGUGUAGGACUGAUUUCAGGCAACAGACAUUAAGCUUCUGAGGACUGCUUCUGAGUGUAGUCACGUAACGCACACACAGCGUAGGCACUAAAAUUUUUGCAAAACCAUCAUUAAAAUGUUUCCUAACCUUUG